UGUUCCGCAUUGACCGUCUACAAGUUUCCCGCCGUACCUGCUGGUCCUGCGUAGUGGGUACGGGUAGGUCCCAGAAUCAUCGAUAAUGUCGACAGGCCCCGUCUUUACGAUUCGGUCCUGAAUAGGAAAAGAGGCGUACGAUGGAGAAGCGAACAACCCACCUCGCUAAGUAAAGCUCUCCCCACUUCUCCUUUCAUAAUAUUCACUCGUUUCGCACUGGCCGCGUUUCCAUUCGGUGGCGAGAAUCUUAUCUUGGGCAGGGAGGGGCUCGACUUUCGUUGGGACCCGAGACCCAUGAGAGCAUUUGGGUCGGUUUCGAUUGGGCUCCUGAGCAAGCGAUCGAUCCUCCGCAGCUGACGUGAGUGCCUUCCUUUAUAUGGGUUUCGCUCGAUUGCCGGUUAGGUGUUUGUAUGGAUGUCCAAUUGAAGAUGGGUCACCGGCGCUUGGCUGCUUGGUAGAGAGGUUCUGUGAAGAAGUGGUGGUCGUUGUAAUGGGCCUUUGCAAAUCUCAUUGUGAUGUGCGAUCCAAAAUGGUCUUUUGGGCUGGCCAUUGAGUUCAUCGUACCUGCAGUGAAAUGGGUGCAUACAGAACUUUGGAUUUUGUUAUCAACGACAUCCUAAACGCAGUAAACCCGCAACAACAGGAUUGGGUGAUUCGAUGUCAAAUCAUAGAUGAAUUGCGAAGGGUUAUUGAAUCUGUGGAAAGUUUGAGAGGUGCAACCGUGGAACCAUUUGGGUCUUUUGUGUCUAAUCUUUUCACCAGACAGGGGGACCUGGAUAUCUCUGUUCAGUUACCCAAUGGUUCAUAUAUCUCAGCUGCUGGAAAGAAACUUAAACAGGCACUAUUAGGAGACUUAUUGAAAGCCUUGAGACAGACAGGUAGGUGGCGAAGGUUGCAGUUCAUUGCCCAUGCUAGGGUACCCAUUUUGAAGAUUGAGAGCAAAAACUCGAGCAUCUCUUGCGACAUUUCAAUUGAUAAUUUGCACGGCUACAUUAAGUCAAAGUUCUUGCUCUGGAUCAGUGAGAUUGAUGGACGCUUUCGAGACAUGGUUUUGCUUGUCAAGGAAUGGGCUAAAUGUCAUGAUAUAAACAAUCCAAAGACUGGGAGUUUCAACUCUUUCGCUCUUAGUUUGCUUGUGAUCUUUCAUUUUCAGACUUGCGCUCCAGCAAUUUUACCUCCUCUGAGAGACAUCUACCCUUGUAGUGCCGUUGACGAUCUCCAAGGUGUGAGGGCUGAUGCAGAAAGGCGAAUAGCAGAAACCUGUGCUGCUAACAUAGCCAGGUUCAAAUCAAGCAUAUCAAAGCCAAACCAAAGUUCACUGUCGGAGCUUUUUAUAUCAUUUCUUGCGAAGUUUUCGGGCUUAAAUCUGAAGGCACCAGAGCUUGGGAUUUGCCCAUAUACUGGACAGUGGGAAGAAAUAAAGAACAACAUGAGAUGGAUGCCCCAGACUUAUGCUCUAUUUAUUGAGGAUCCUUUUGAGCAGCCAGAGAAUACUGCAAGGGCUGUUAGCUCCAGACAACUUAAGAGAAUCUCAGAAGCGUUUGAGAUAACCCACCAUAGGCUUACUUCAAACAGUCAGAACAGGUCUGCUGUUCUUGCUGCGCUGGUCAGGCCACAUGAAGUACAGUUUUUGACAAGGACACCAGUCACAAAUGGAAGUUACAAUGGAGGUCGCCUUAACAAUACAUCAUGGAAUCAGAGAGCAUUAACCUCACCCUCCCCAGUGCAGAAUCAACAUCGGAGAGUGAAGAACAACCAUCAAGGACCUGCACCAAGCUUUGCCCACAACUCAGCUGUACCCAAACCACAUCACCAUCCUUCAAAGGAUUCAACCCGUCAAACACCAAGCCAGCAACAUCAGAAUAAACCGCGGCAAAUGUGGAAGCCUCGACCUAGCAGGGAAAUUGUCGAUGAGUGAAGGGUGUCAAGUUGGAUGAGCGAGCUUGAGCAACUUUCCCUGUGGAUUCACUAGUCUUUUGGUUUGCUCUUGCUAUUUUUGUUUUGCUUUCAUCUGAGUGUGACGAAAUCUGAGAGCAGAAUGGUUGUUGGAGGUUCUAAGACUAUCAACCUCAAAAGGGGCGAAGAGAGAUUAAAACGAUUGAUAUUUGAGUUGGAUGAGGUCAAGGACUUUGUGAAAAUGCCGAGGUCUUUUAAAUUUUUUGGCAAAAUCCAAAACACUUGUAAAGGAUAUGUAUCAUCUUCUUUGCCCCAUGUUGUGGGGGCUGUUUUGAUCUGGACGCCGAGAAAAGGAAAUUAUACUCUUCCUGCUGCAGGCCUAUGUUUC